AUGUCUGCGCCGUCAGCAUCCGCAGGAUGCCCGUUUGUGCGGGUGCUCUACCUGCACUUCGUGCUGCUGCUCGCGUUCUUCACGUCGGUCGAAGCAACAGCCAUGACCAAGGGCGGUUGCCCUGUCUCUCGCCUGCAGGCGGCCUUCCAGGCCCCCUUUAACUCUCUGUCGUUGGCCCUGCACGGGCAGCAAGCGACCAUGAGCAGUCUAACCGCACGCGAUAGGUCGAGCAGUCCACCUAUCGCCGCUGGCAACACCGGAGCCCCUCGGUGGGUCUCCGAGGGGGUGAGGUCCCGCGUCGUCCGCUCUCGCACGGUGGACGUGAAGCCGUUAGGGAUGUCGGCGGUGGAGACAAAGCCGGGCAACAAGCGGGCGGCGGAGGGAGAGCCGGAGGAAGCCAAGGAGACCAAGGCCCAGAAGAAGGCAAGGAGGAUUGCUGCGUCCUCCACCCCGCUCAGCGUCCACGUUAUCGGCCUGUCGCACCACAACGCCGGCGUCGACGUCCGCGAGAGGCUUGCUGUGCCCGAGGCGGAGUGGAACCUAGCAUCCGCUAAGCUGUGCGGCUACGAGAACAUCCGGGAGGCCGCGGUGCUGUCGACGUGCAACCGGUUCGAGGUGUACGUCGCCGCCACCGACGCCCACGCGGCCAUCCGAGACGUGAUGACACACCUGCAGGAGUACUCGGGCCUUUCCCAGUCGGAGCUACGGCAAAACCUGUUCAUGCUCUCCAGGGAGGACGCGGUGUGGCAUCUGCUGAGGGUUAGCGCUGGCUUGGACUCGCUGGUGGUGGGAGAGGGGCAGAUCUUGUCGCAGGUCCGGCAGUGCUACCUUCACGGCACGGAGAAAGAUGGGUCAGCAGGGAAGGUCGUGGCGAGGAUGCUAAACACGGCCGUUUCGGCUGGGAAGCGAGCUCGGGCGGAGACGAGCAUCAGCAAGGGCGCGGUGUCCAUCUCCUCCGCCGCUGCCGAGUUCAGCAAGAUGCGUGCCGAGAAGGACCUGGGCAAGAAGCUCGUUGGCUCCUCGGUGGCCAUCAUCGGCGCCGGCAAGAUGACCCGGCUGCUGCUCGUCCACCUAGGCUCCCUCGGCAUCAAGAAGGUCAUCCUCGUCAACCGGUCCAUGCCCAAGUGCACGGAGCUCAUGGAGGAGUUCCCCGACAUCGAGAUGGAUGUCCGGCUAGGGGCGGAGGACCCCACGGAGCUGGAGCGGGCUAUCGGCGAGGCGGAUAUCAUCUUCACAUCGACGAGCGCCACCGGGUGCAUCGUCGGGAAAGAGCAGUUGGAGAGGCUGGAAGCGGGCAAGGAACGCCCGGUGAUGUUUGUUGACAUCUCGGUGCCGAGAAACGUGGAGGCUGACUGCUCCGAUGUGCCCGGGGUGUUCGCGUACGACGUCGACGACCUGAAGAUGGUGGUGGCGAGAAAUACCGCGCUGCGACGCCGGGAGAUGCUGGAGGCGGAGGACAUCCUGUCGGAGGAGCACAACAAGUUUAGCGGGUGGCAGCAGAGCCUGUCGGCGACCCCUGCCAUCUCCAAGAUGCAGGAGAAGUUCGAGGGCAUGCGCGCGCAGGAGAUGCGAAAGGCCGGCAACAAGCUCCCAAAUCUGUCCGACAAGGAGCUGCAGGUGGUGGAGAAACUGUCUCAGGGCAUCGUCAACAAGAUGUUGCACGGGCCCAUGUCGGCGCUCCGCCAGCCGGGCGGGCCUGACGAGAAGAAGCAGACCCUCAAGAUUCUCAAGGACAUGUUCAAGCUCGAGAAGCUUUGAGCUUGUUGGUCCAGUAUCUUUUGGUUAUGCGGGAGAGUGUGGGAUGCAGCUCGUGGACGUUUUAGACAGGUGUAGAGAUUCCACGUGACAUCACAAAGCACGAGUGCUCGUUCGGGAUAGUACUUUCGGGGGGAUGUUGUACCGCAGGUGCCUUGGUCAUUGCUCUAGAAAGAAAAGAGGAAGAUUAGACUCGGGGACACCGCGAUCCCCGCUGUGCGUGAUAUCUUUGAAGUUUUGAGCGAAUUUAUGAUUGUGGUCCGUUUUUGUUCUUGUCUUGUUCAAAGUAUUGUCACAGCUGUGCUUGUAUGUAUACCAGAGGGCGCGACCAGUCUAGAAACAGCACGAGAAAAGAAGUUGCGAGUUUUUGGCGCAUUGUUGUAGUCCGUGGUUCGCCGAAGCGAAUGGAGGUCCAAAGCGUCGAAGGCGUUUGCCCUCUUGCCGCUAACGAUCAAUUCCGGUUUGUGUGCUCGUUGUCGCUCAGUGUUGAUACCGUUACUGGUGGUACACCAGGACGUUGGCCAGGUAGAAAUAAUGCUCCGUAUAAGCACAGCUGCUGCCGUAGUGCAUGGAGCGGGGAAAAGAGAGAGACGGAGCACGAUAAAAAAACACCUGCAUGGCGAAACCACGUUCGUUUAGGUGCCUAGUUACAGAUGAACAUGGGUCACAAGUGCCUUGCACAUGAGUGCCGUACCAGGUGCAUCGCCAUCAU